AUGGUCUCAUUCAAUCUCUUCUCCACUGGAAACGCUGCAGCGUCAGGCUCCACCUCUGCCGCCGCCGCCACCGCUUCCUCGAUCCCAUCCGCCCCGGUCGAAUCCGCAGAAAAGUGCCCGGUAGACCACGAGACCCGGUCCAAAUGGCUCGCUGCCAACCCCUCUACCUCCGCACAUCCCUUCAACCCCGCCGCUCCUUCCUCAUCCACCACCUCCGCUCGCUCAGGCGGGAACGGUACCACCCGAACUCUCUCACACGACAGAGUCAUCUCCUCCAUUCCUCGAGCCGCCACCUCCUACCCCUCUCCCGAGGGAUCAGUACCGCACAUCCCCACUCCCUCUCCUUCAUCCGGCUCCGAAGCCCAAGGCUCUUCGGCGGGCUACAGGGAAGAAUCAACAGGGAAAUGGGUCUAUCCUUCGGAACAUCAAUUCUUCCAGGCCCUUCAGCGGAAGAACCACAAUCCCAAUGCGAAAGAUAUGCGCACGGUGGUGCCGAUCCAUAAUGCUGUGAACGAGAAGACGUGGGAGGAGGUGUUGGCGUGGGAGGCGGGGAUGGGAGGGGAGGCGUGUGGUGGGAUCAGGCUGAUAAGCUUUGCGGGGAGGCCGAAGGAUCUGACGCCGAAGGCUUGGUUCAAGACCUUGGCUGGGUACGCACCACCCUUCGACCGGCACGACUGGCUCAUCGAUCGGUGCGGUACCACCGUCCGCUACGUCAUCGACUACUAUACGGGCAAGCAGGAUCCCAACAAGCCUGACAAUAUUGCAUUCCACCUAGACGUCCGGCCGGCGUUGGAUAGCUGGGAAGGUGUGCGGACUAGGGUGAUGGGGAUGUGGCGGUAG